ACACACACGAGACACGCCGUACAGUUGGAUAUUGUGUCGCCUCUGGAACAGGCUGCGCUUCCCACCAUGAGCAUGUGAGUUGGCACGUGAUGGAUCGCGCGCAUUCUAUUCUUCGUCCACCACAGCAGUCAGAUGCAGGGGGAGGUGGCACCUCGCGGCUGCAGCAAGCACUCCGGCGCACUCAAGAGAAAAAGAUGGGGCGGUUUGAGACGGCAGUGGGAGCUUCUGGGCUUAUUUGAAAUUGAUCAGCACCACGAGUUCUACAGCCUGACAUGCAUGAUGAAGGAGGGAUUGUUUUCAUCCAUCCAAACCACCGUUGAGCGUGCAUCUACGAGUCAACUGGUCGAAGAGGAUUUCAGAGCGGAGGACACUCGGAUUCACAAGGGUUUCGCAUGGGAGACGUUUGCGGGCCCGGUGUUUGCCAACCUACGGCGCUCUUUAGGCGUGACGGAGCAGGAGUAUCAGCAGUCGCUCUGCUCUGACGAGUGCUACCUUCAGUUCAUCAGCAACUCCAAAAGCAAGGCUGACUUCUUCCUCACGAAUGACAAACGCUUCUUUUUGAAGACCCAGAAUGAACGAGAAAUCCGAUUCCUUCUGGACAACCUGAACAACUAUGUGGCACAUUUGCAGAAGUACCCCCAUUCUCUUCUGGUCAAGUUGCUCGGUGUUCACAGAAUCAAAAUUUCCUACAGGCAAAAGAAAUACUUCAUCGUGAUGCAAAGUGUCUUUUAUCCAGAUGAUCGAAUAAGUGCCAGGUACGAUAUCAAAGGUUGUGAAGUGAGUCGCUGGACGGAUCCUUCACCGGAUGGAUGCCAGAUUAUUGUGGUCCUCAAAGACCUCAAUUUCGAAGGCCAGUACAUCACUCUCGAGCGGCAGCGUUACUGGCUCCUGCGACAAAUGGAGAUCGACACCGAGUUUCUGCGAAGCCUCAACGUGUUGGAUUACAGCCUUCUGCUGGCCCACCAACCUUUGCAGCGAGACGAGCGUCACCAGGCGCUCUCCUUCGCUUCGCUCAUCGUGCGAACCAAGCGAUCGGUGAAUCCAAGCACCAGCCCCGCCGCCCAGGACACGCCUUGUGUUCCCGGAGCUGUCCCGGAGGACGACGACGACGACGACGCCGCCGCUUGCGUUUCAUCCGAAACCGAGAGCGAGCCUUCGAAGCGAGCGCAAGCGAGAGACGGCCCGGGCGGAGAAGCGCAUCACCUUGCCGCCGGGGAAAGCGAAGGACUCCCCGACUCGGAGGUCCAAAACCGACGUUUACUGCUCAACUUAAAAAACGCUCUGCAUGUCAUCGAUGGACCCGAGCAGCGCUACUUCAUUGGCAUCAUUGACAUUUUUACAGUUUAUAGUUUGAAGAAGAGACUGGAAUAUUGGUGGAAGAGACUGAGGCAUCCCGGCCGCACCUUCUCCACAGUCAGUCCGCGCAUUUAUUGCACUCGGCUUUGCCGGUGGGUGCUGGAGCAUAGCAAGUAGGCGGCCGCUGACUCCAAACCAAACUUGUCUCGACUACUCAUCUGCAAGCAAUUAAAGCAACUCGGUGCACUGGCAACUCACA